UGGUGGCUGGAGUCCUCCUCGGUUAUUACUGUGAGUGCCACCGUCAACUCCAAUAACUGUGUAACAGCUUAAUGUGCGGCUUGAACCUCCUCUGUUGUCGCCCCAGACUCGUCAUCCUGCAUGCACGGGACACAGUGUGGUGACGGCAGCUGUGUGUGGGACUCCCAGUGGUGUGACGGCGUGGUGGACUGUCCUGCAGGCCAGGAUGAAGCUAACUGCGUGAGGCUGCUCGGCUCCAGUUUCCUGCUCCAGAUUUACUCGACUCCGAGUAAAAGCUGGAGGACGGUUUGCUCUGACAGCUGGAGCGAGCAGCAGGGGAGAGCAAGCUGCCAGCAUAUUGGAUACAGAAGGGGCACAUAUUUUAAAUCAGGCCAACAGCAGACUGAUUCUGAUGAUGGAUUCUUAAUGUUUAAGUCUGACUUCAACCCUGAGGCAUCCAUACUGCGACAGCUUGUGCUCAGAGAAACCUGUCCCAACAACAGUGUGGUGACUUUGCAUUGUACUGAUUGUGGGAGAGGGGUGAACUCCAGCAGGGCCUCUGGGGGCCAGCUGGCCUCUGCAGGGGCCUGGCCGUGGCACGUCAGCCUGCAGGUUGGGGGCUCCAACCGAUGUGGAGGAGCCCUCAUCUCCCCCUACUGGAUCGUCACUGCAGCACACUGUGUGGCCAGGUUCUCCAGUCCUGGAGACUGGGCUGUGUAUGCUGGGACAGUGGGUCCGUUAGGCACUCUGUUUAACCCUUCUUACUCUGUCAGCCGCAUCAUAGCCCACGAAGGCUUCAACAGUGUCACCCGCAAGAAUGACAUCGCUCUGAUGAGGCUCUCUAAACCUCUGGACAACACAGCCUCCCGUAAUAUCGGACCUGUGUGCCUCCCAAAUGUUGGUCUAAACAUCACUGAGGCUCAGACGGGCUGGAUAACACGAUAUGGUCACACAGUAAAUGGAGACUCUGGCUCUGCACACCUGACGGAGGCUCAGGUUUCUCUCAUAGAGACUGCAGACUGUUACAGCUCCAUGGCGUACGGCGGCAGGAUCUCACAGGACAUGUUGUGUGUCAGAGAGACGGAGGCUGGAGACGACAUGUGCCACACUGACAGUGGCGGCCCUUUGGUGGCCCUGAAGGAUGGAGUAUGGUGGCUCAUAGGAGACAGUAUCUGGGGGGAACACUGCACUCAGCGGAACAGGCCAGGAGUUUAUGGCAACGUCACCUAUUAUCUGGACUGGAUCUACCGUCAGAUGAGGAAGCAUCAAGACGACUGAUGACAGGACCAAAGAUGAACCGUCUGAGAUGUUUGUGUUUACAAAAUUUGCAGAAAUACAUUUUAUAUCAAUGCCUCAACAAUAUCUGCAUCACUUACAUAACUUAUUUCCUACAUGAUAUAACUAAAUCGCUGUUGAUGCAGACUUUGGUUUUGCUCAAAUUCAUUCAUGUUUUGUUAUUAUCUCUUUACAACAGUUUAUUAUUGUACAUUUGUGUGAAAUAUAUAAAGGCUUUAUUUUAGUGUGUGUAAAUAUGAUUUAAAUUUGAGCCAGUAAAUGAAGAUACCAUGUGUCAACACCAGAUGUCACUCACAAACCACAUCAAGCUUGUUCCUGCUGGCUCAUUCCUGUUGUGCAGCAACAUUUCUGCCUCAAAACUUGUCACAUUUGUUCACAUUAUAUAAGUUAUAUAACUAACAGUGACAUGUUUAACUGUCAGAAAAAACUAUUGGCCAACCACAAACACUAAUAAUAGUAAUAGGGGUGGGUGAUAUAGCCUGAAAAGAAUAUGAUAUUUCAGGGUAUUUUUGCAAUAAUUAUAUUUUUGACAACAUGACAAAAUACUGAAAAAUAUAUAGGGAAUUGUAU